AUGUAUUUGUUCAAACAAAAAAAUAUUAUUUUCCAUUUUAUGACCAUCACUUUCUCCUAUCCCCGGGAAUUCGACACUUUAUCCCUCGAUCCUCCACACUUCCGCUCGUCACUACUUGCGUGGGAUGCUGACGGAACGCGUAUUGCGUGCGCCCGCACCGACAAGUCGAUUAAAGUCGCCAAAUUCGACCAUAUCCGACAGAAGUUCGACGACCCGGUCGUGAUUACCACAGCCCACGAGUCCCCUGUGGCUGUCCUCAUAUGGGAGUGCAGCAGAAAUGCCCGCCUUACCGCCAUUUCGACAGACUUUACCCUCAAAGUGUGGGAAAUCAAAACAAAAGCCCACAAACUGGUAAGAUCGCUCAAACUCGCCAACACGCGGCCCAAACUCGCCAAAUACUCCCCAAAUGGCAGAUAUCUUGCCAUUGCAGACAAUGACGCUAACCUGACAUUGCUGGACUCGUCCACUCUGCAAUUGAGCACUGCUAUCUCCAUAAAGAUGAGCUCCCAAAUUGGCGACCUAGACUGGGACGCAGACUCUGAAACCCUCAUUUGUGGACUCACAAAUGGCUCCCUGCAACUAUAUAAGGUCCAGAAUAACAACGGCCUCCACGCAAUCGAACUUAUCCAGUCGCUGCAUCUUUCAGACUCCCCAAUUGUCUCCAUAAAAUACAUGGCAGACCGCAACCAGAUCCUGACAGCAGGCCUGGACGGCCAGCUGCUAGUGGUGGACGCGCAGCUGCUAAUCUGCAUAAAGAGCCUCUACAAUCUUGACGACGCUCCCGUUUGCAUCGACACCCUUACACCAGCAGUGGCGAUCAGCUACCAAAAUAACAACCGGGGAGGAGGUGCAUGAGGUGAAGAACAGCAAAGGCGACAACGCGCUCGCCAAAUUCCACCCGCAAUUCCGCGAAAUUCUGGCCUACAUCGACGGCUCCGGCAAAGCUACCGUGAUGGUGGCCAAGAAAAGAACGGGGCCUGCCCGAGCCCUGCCGCGGCCUGUGUCGUCAAGAGGCAGGGCGUCUGGUCUAUCAGGGUCGUCAGGCCCCUCCAGAACGAUUCGCUCCGACAGGUUCGAGCGGCCCAACGCCAAACGUCCGAAAUAUUAAAUUCUAGUGCAGUCUUGCUGGUUCUGGUAGCACCACCUGGUCCAGCUGGUCCAGCUGGUCGCUGGAGUCCAAUGGGAUCACUAGAGACUGCUGAGACGGCAUGCUGUUGAUGUCGUCGUAUGGUGGAGGGGACAGAGCCCCCACUGUGUUAUAAGUUGGCGGCACCUCGUCGUCCCACGCGACUCCGAGCCCGGAUCUUUCUGUGAGAACCAGGCGGAACUGCAUGCGCAGCACCCUGGCAACACCCGUGGGGAUCCCUGUUGUGUGGUUGAGCGGGUCGCUGCGGUUACCGCUCACGUGGUCUGGUCCCGUGCCCCCGUCGUUGUGUUUGGCGUUGGUCGAGUGGUGUGUUGCGCCGGGUCUGUUUUGCGACGAAGUUCCUGCUUGCACGGGGGCGACUGUGACGGUGCUCAAGUAGGCCGAUGACGGAGUGGAGCGGAUCGGCUGCACAUUUGUAGCGUGCAUGAGCUCUUCUGCCACAAUCACCUCCAGCACCAGGUUGUGGUGGACAAAGAUGCCUGUUUCGUGGUCUUCGAUGUCGCACGCGCAAUUGACUCCACUUUGGGGCUCCAGACUGAAAAUCGGAGACUCGCAGUUCAGCGAGUUGAUUGCGGACAAAUUGGUCAGCGAGACGUUGAGUCCCAUAGAAACAAGGUCCAUUAGCGAGAUGUCGGCCACGAUUUCGAUUCUACCCUUAUUGGAAAAAUCACUCUUCCAGCCCGACUUGAGCUCGCCAGACUUGAUCACACGGAUCUCCUCCACGUACAGCGGCGUGUCUGUGGUGGUAUGGUGCGGCUGCAAGUCGUUACUAGUCGCUGUCGACAGCGACGGCGCCAUCUGCGGCGUGCUCUGCUGCGACACCUGCGGUGCCAACGCCUCGCUUCCGGCCUGCACCGACCACGUUGACGCGACAGGCACAAGGUCUGGAGACGCGGUGGGCGACGUGUUUUGCGCGGUCACGUCGCUGGGGUCCUCGUUCUCCUCUGUCGUGUGUCGACGGGGCGGGUGCUCGAAAUAAUAAUUGUACACGGGUUUACCGGGACCACCGCAAUUCUUGUGCGCUUUCUUGCCUCGCCGUGCGCGUUUGGUGUUUUCCACGGUUGUGGCGUACUUGUCCUGGUGAUUUACGCAGUGGUUGGCCCGCACACGGAUUAUUUCCUCCAAUUUCCAGUUCAGUUUGCGCAUUCUCCAGCGUCGCUCCGGCGAGCACACGUUGUCCAUGCGGAUCUCCACAGGAAAAGUCGACUUCGGAUACGCAACGUUCGGAAUCACAGCGGUGGCAGUGACCUCUGUGGGCGGGAAAACCCUGAGCGAGUUGCGAUCUUGACCUCUCAAGAUCGAUCGCCGGAUCAUCACCGGCAGCGCGAUAUUAAUGUGGUCCGGUCUUCCCUGCUUGUUGAUGAAGCGCGCCUUGCAAACCAGCUCGUAGCGAAUCGACGUCAGCGAAUUGGACAGAACAGAUGUGGCAGGAAGCGUCCCAGGCACCAGAUGGCUGAACGGGAAGGCAUGGGACGAGCCUUUGGCGAAACCUGUUGGCCGCGAGAGAACGUCCCAAUGUGCGAGCUCUGUUAUCUUGCGACGACACUCGCCACAUGAGUCUAUCGUGGUUGAGCCGGCGACGAACGGUUUUCCGUAGUCGAUGAUCUGUAUAAAAGACAAUACCACUUCUUUAACCUCUGCGUAAUUUUGUCUGAUAUUGGUUGCGGCAGUGCUCAGCGAGAUGGUGGACUGGAUCGAUUGCGUGGAGACAAUGCCUUCGUUCUGUGGCUGGCCGAUCUGGUCCGGAAAUACGUCGAGAAUCACCAAGCCGCUGAAAAUUGCGCCUGAACUGUGUUCCGGCGGGCCGUAUAGCAUCAGAGGCGGAGAUUCUAUCUGGAUGGACAAUUUGAGCCCUGCCAGAGGAUUGGCCUUGUUUAUGAUGUCUGUAUGGUACGGGUCAUUGAGUCUUGUCGACGGCGAGUGCGAAGGUUCCUGUUUGACCGCAUUGC